UAUUUAGAUGUUGGCAGCACUUUGACGUGAGCAUAUUUGCGAUCGUAUUUUGUUAUAGACGGUUCGUGAACGGCCAUUUCCCACCAAAAAGUCGAGAAGAAGUUUUGGGGUCUGUUCGAUUGUUCUAACGAACGAUAAUUGCAGCUAAAUCUUCCUCCAGAUCUAUAUAUUAAUACCGUCAUGGCUGAUAAGAGUCGCAUAACUGCUUUUAAGAAUAGGGGAAAGGACAUGGAGACGAUGCGUAGGAGACGUAAUGAGGUGACCGUGGAACUAAGAAAAAACCGUAAAGAUGAGCAAUUUUUAAAACGUAGAAAUGUUGAUCUCGAAGAGGAAGAACAGGUAGAAAACGGUGCAUCAUCCCCUGUGCAGCAUACAUUGCCAGAAAUAAUUGCAGGUAUGGCCAGCAGUGAUCCUCUUGUCAGAUUAGCUGCAACAAAAUCUGCUCGUAAAACUUUGAGUAGAGAGCGCAAUCCUCCAAUUGAAUCUAUAAUUGAGAGUGGUAUUGUGCCAUCCUGUGUGGACUUUUUAACCCAUUAUGAACAACCGGAAUUACAAUUUGAAGCCGCAUGGGCUCUGACUAAUAUAGCUUCAGGUACAUCUGAGCAAACAAAUGCAGUCAUUACUGCUGGUGCAAUUCCGAAACUUGUUGAUUUGUUGGCUUCACCUCAUGCCAAUGUUGGUGAACAAGCAGUUUGGGCACUUGGAAAUAUUGCUGGUGAUGGGCCAAAGGCCCGUGAUCUUGUGCUUAAACAUGGAGCAAUGGAAAAUUUAUUAAAAUUAAUUUACGAUGAAGCAAUUUCUAUUACAUUCCUGCGCAAUAUUGUCUGGACCUUAUCUAACUUAUGUCGAAACAAGAAUCCACCACCGGCUUUUGAAUCUGUUAAACCAUGCAUGCCCGCUUUAAAUAAACUUCUAUCGCAUAGUGACAAAGAUAUAUUGGCUGAUACAUGCUGGGCAUUAUCCUAUUUAACUGAUGGAAGCAAUGACAAAAUACAAGCUGUUAUAGAUGCAGGUGUUUUAACUAAACUUGUACAUUUACUGGGAUGUGAAGAAGUGAUAAUCUUAACUCCAGCAUUAAGAACGAUAGGAAAUAUUGUUACAGGAAGUGAUGCCCAGACUGAUGAAGUACUGAAGGAAGGAGCAUUGAAAUAUUUCCCCAAACUACUUACACACUCUAGAAGUAAUAUUCUAAAAGAAGCAGCUUGGACCAUUAGUAACAUUACUGCUGGCAAUAUGGAACAAAUUGAUCAAGUUGUCAAUGCAGAUAUACUGCCUCCAUUGAUAAAUGUUUUGAAAAAUGCUGAUUUUAAAUCACAAAAGGAAGCUGCAUAUGCAAUUACCAAUUAUCUGUCAGGUGGGUCUAUUGCUCAAAUUGCUAUUUUAAUCCAGAAAGGUUUCCUGCAACCUUAUGCUUUGCUGCUUGAUUCUAAAGAUGUCAAAACUGUCCUAGUGAUUUUAGAAGGUUUAAGUACUCUAUUACAAGCUGCUGAAAAGCAUGGUGAAAUGGAGCAACUAUCUAUAAUGAUAGAAGAAUGUGGAGCACUAGAUAAACUAGAAGCUUUACAGAUGCAUGAAAAUGAACAGAUAUAUGAGAAAUCUUCAUUGCUCAUUGAUAUGUACUUCAGCGAAGAGAAACCUCAGGAAAAUGUUAAUGGUGAAUUCAGUUUUAAUGCAGGAAGUGCUGGCACUCCAAAUACAUUCACAUUUUAAUUUAUUUUUAAAUCCUAUAUUUUAAUAUUCUAAAAUUAUAUUGUUAGCUUUUUGUUAAAUUGUGAUCUAUUGCCA